AACACCACCAAUGUUCCUAAGGUUGACUGCGUAACAUGUGGAGUUUCUUUUUCACCAUCAACAAUCAAGUCACACAAACUUAACUGCCCAUCUAAGGCUCAAGACUCAGAUUUGAAUGAAAGGUUGGUUGCGAACAUUAUCUUUUUCCCGCAGUGUACACAUUUUACAAUCGAACAUAUGUUUACAAAAUGAUAUUUCUCAAAUAUUAUUGUGUUACUAUUAUAAUUUAAUUAAUAGUUUUCGUAUGUUUUGGAGAGUUAACGUGCCUAAAAUAUAAACCCAAAUUGGGUUUUCAGUUCAUUGAUAGAAAGGUGUAAAAAGCUAUAUGUCAAGUUACGUUACUGUUUUCGAUUUACUUCUAGCUUUGGAGUUAUCCCCGAGCCGACGGCGCGAAGCGCCGUGCGAGGGUACUAAUUCCCCCCGGCUAUUUGCACCCGGGGAAACGAAAGCAUUAGCCAUCCUCACUGGGUGGUCAUCCUCACUGAUCUCAAAAAUAUGACUGAUUGCUUGUAGGAGUGGGAUGAGCAAGAUUUCAAUUUUAAAAGACAUAUAUAUAUCGGAAAAUUGUUUCAUAAACAACAAGCUUGAAGCAAUUUUGUUUGAAGAAAUUGGAAGAAUUGAUUUACUAUGGGAAAUCGUGAAAUAUACGGCAAGUUUGCUUUGAAUAUUUAAUUUAAUGUUUAGUACGUAUGUUUACGAAUUUUGUUGCUUUAAACUUUUUGCCUAAAAACAUGAACUGUUUUCCUUUUCAACGAAGCUCUAAGUUUCAUUACCGUUUAAUUUGAGAAAAAAAUCUUAAAAUGUAAAGGAGAACAAAUUGAUUUGAAGACUGAACUGAAAUUACCUAACAAUUUGUUUUAUUUGGAACUGAUUAUGUUUUAUUAUUAGGUUUAUAUCGGAAAAUGAACUAUAGUUGAAUGAACAUUUCAAAACAUUUUACGAAGCGUUUCAAGUUAAAUUUUACAUUAAAUCAAAGCUCACAAAAUGCAAAAUAAUAUAUACCUACAGUUUAUAUUUCGGAAAUUUAUUGUUGUAUAGUUAAAAGUACGAAUCUUUCAACUAUUUUGCAGUUUUGUACAUAAAAUAUAAAAAAAUUAAAAAUUUAAGAAUAUCGUGUUGUCAUGACAACACUUGAGCACGAACCUGCGUUCAGUGGGCCAUUUCUGAAUACUUCAUGUUAAUUUAAUGUUUGGAAAAUAUUGGCGAGGGUUUACUGCAUACAUGCAUUUCUAGUAUUAGAUCUAAGCGUAGCUCCUUUUGAAAUUAAAGACUUGCUAGCAUAGACUAUUUCUUGCUUGGGAAAUCAAGGGAAAAGACGCCCAAUGGCAAUGCCCUUCAAACGGGUUUGGAAAAGUUGGGUCCGUGUUUACUCAUUCAAUGUAUAUAAUGUCACAUACACUACCAAAUGCAAAGUAAAUAGCUUAGCCAACAUAUUAUGCUUGCUAACUACGUAUAAGCAGGCAAGGCGCGUAGCUAUGGGAGUGCGGUCGCCCCCCCCCCCCCCAAAGAAAAAGUUCUGAAGUGGUUUCAAAUAUUGUUUAAAUACGCCAAAACAUAUUAUCAUAAGUUAAUUGAUUAAAAUAAUCAUAAACAAAAAUACAAAAUUAAAUUCAACAAGAAAGACAAAUGAAAAAUGAACUGUGAAGUGUCGAGUUAUAUUUUGUGUUAGAGUUAACAUUUUCAGUUUUCAUCAACAACUGCCCCCUAGUAAAUAGCCCCCCCCCCCUUCAAUUUUACAUCCUUAAGCUACGUGCCUGAGGAGACCGUAUUAAAUACAUCAUUAUUUGGAUUUUUUGUCCUAUAAUUGUGCCGGAAAUAAACAUUAACAUCUUUGAUGAGCAAUUUGGCCACAAUUGAACCUACACACAUAAACGAUAUGUAUUCCAUGAAAAUUGUGUAAGUCAUUUUGAACGCAAUUUAAAAUAGUUGUGUAUUCAUAUUGUUUACUUAAGGUGGCUCGGUUGAUUUUAUGAUUGUGUAAUAUCUAUAGUAAGAGAUAAAAAUAUAAUAUUACAGCAGUAUAAAGAUGUUGAUUUGUCAACUGCCUCGUCACCUUCAACAUCUGUGGUAAAGAACCCAUGUGUGUUUACUCCAUCAAAGGAAGCAACAGAAUUUUGCGUGCUGUUUUCCCUCAUGUGAAUGGCCAUGCGACGAAGUUAUCUCUGCUUUAACAGCAUGUUAUGGUGAUGAAGUAGCUGCCCCUUCGCUGUUAUUUGACAAACAAUCGGAUUCACAUCCAACAUUGCCAGGUCAAAUAGAUUCCCUUUGCAUUUAUUACAAUUAAAACUCUUUUUGCCCAUUAACUGACGGUACUCGUUAUUUGACAAAUAAAAUCAUCCGACCAACCAGGCAAAUGAAGUUACAGAUAUGGAACAAAUAUAAGUUACAGUACUGUAGAUAGUAGACCGGUAGCGGUGGGAUUUACCUUGAUUGCAUAGACAAUGAUUAUUAAUUAAGCAUUCUUUUUUCAGAUUCGUCAGUCGCAUGUAGUACAAUUAGAGAAUCCUUGGCUAAAUUCCGUCAACAGAACAAGGAAUCAGGGCCACCGCUUAGAAUUCAUCUUGACAGAAUGGAAGGAGAGCAGUAUAGUGAUAUCCUUGCCUUGUACAAAAGCAAGGACAUCUCUCUGAAAAGAACACUAAGAGUCAGAUUUGACGGGGGACCAGCUGUUGGGCCAGGGCCUGUGUCAGAAUUUUUUACACUCUCUAUGAAACUAAUAGAGGAAGGUUUCUCACUCAAUGAAAAGAUUAUGGUACUUGAAAGAGAAGAUGAUCACAAGGUGCGAAUUUCAAACACCAUGUUAAGAAAACCUGGAAUCUAUGGGCGCUUUCCAUUAACACGGCCAGAUCGGUCAAAACGGUCAAAUUGUUGAAUGGAACAGAAACCAUUUGGGCUUCGGACCUAUCUGACCAGAAAAUUUAGAUAACAUUUGAAUGAGGUCCAUUUUCGAUAGGUAUUUGAGAAACAUAGACCAGAUCUUCCCAUUGACACAGAGAAAACAAUUACAUGGAAUGGAAACAUUAAAUAGAAAGCGCCCUAUGAAACAUUUGGAAAAAUGAUAGGACAUACAAUUCUACAUGGUGGUCCUUACAUAUGGUCCAACAUAGGGUAUUUCUGCAGCAGUGAUUCAUUACUGGACAGUUGAUAAUAGGAAAGAGAAUCCUCCAACUUAUUCUUUAAAGGAUGUUGCAGAUAUUGAACUUAGAGGAAUCAUAACACAGGUCAGUUGAGUGUGUAUGGGUAAAAUAAAACCAAUACUGUUGGUGAUACCAACUGUUUAUAUCUUUUAAUAGCUGAUGUCAGAUGACUGGUCUCCAAAGACUGAAAUUAAAGGUCUUCAAGUAUAUUUAUUUGAGGCUAAUCUACCACCUCAAAUCCAAAGUGGGGAAAACCGAAUUGCUGCAGAUUCACAGGUAGAGAAUUUUGUUAUUGACAAAAGACGAUUUGAGUUGGAUGAACGCAAGAAAGGGAUGGAUGCAGUUUCUCUGGUACACUACCUACGACAAGGUGCACGAAUUGCAUCAAUUGUUUUCCCACGUAACUCAAAAAAGAUUAUCGAUGUCAAAUCCAUGAAAGAGAUGGUG